GGGGAGGGGCCGCCCCCGCCCCCGCGUGCGUGGCAGGCUCUCCCCGCUCCGCGCUCCCGGCCUCCCUUCCCGGGGGGCGGGGUCGGCGCCGCGGCGGCGAAGCCAGCCCCCUCCUCCUUCCUCCCUCGGCCGGCCUCCUUCCUCGCCGCCCGCCCGGUCGCUCUCUCUCGGCCGCUCCGACGCCAGCUGCGCCGCGUGCCGCUCGCCCUGCCCCGGGGGAACCCGAGGAAGUGUCCCGGGCCGCGCGUCCCGCUCGCUCGCCUCGCAGCCCGCGGCCUCCGCCGCCGCGCCCGCCAUGCCCUCGGCCAAACAAAGGGGCUCCAAGGGCGGCCACGGAGCCGCGAGCCCCUCGGAGAAGGGCGCCCACCCGUCGGGCGGCGCGGAUGACGUGGCGAAGAAGCCGCCGGCGCCCCAGCAGCCGCCGCACCCGCCGCCCGCGCCGCACCCGCCGCAGCACCCGCCGCAGCAUCCGCAGAACCAGGCACACGGCAAGGGCGGCCACCGCGGCGGCAAGUCCUCCUCCUCCUCCGCUGCCGCCGCCUCGUCCUCGGCGUCCUGCUCGCGCAGGCUCGGCCGGGUGCUCAACUUUCUCUUCUACCUCGCCUUGGUGGCGGCGGCCGCCUUCUCCGGGUGGUGUGUGCACCACGUCCUGGAGGAGGUCCAGCAGGUCCGGCGCAGCCACCAGGACUUCUCCCGGCAGCGGGAGGAGCUGGGGCAGGGCUUGCAGGGCGUCGAGCAGAAGGUGCAGUCUCUGCAAGCCACACUGGGGGCUUUUGAGUCCGUCCUGAGAAGCUCCCAACAUAAACAGGAGCUCACGGAGAAAGUCGUGAAGCAAGGGGAGAGUGAGAUCAACCGGAUCAGCGAGGUUCUGCAGAAGCUCCAGAACGAGAUCCUCAAGGACCUGUCGGACGGGAUCCAUGUGGUGAAGGACGCCCGGGAGCGGGACUUCACGUCCCUGGAGAACACGGUGGAGGAGCGGCUGACGGAGCUCACCAAGUCCAUCAACGACAACAUCGCCAUCUUCACCGAUGUCCAGAAGCAGAGCCAGAAGGAAAUAAACGACGUGAAGGCAAAGGUCGCCUCCCUGGAAGACCCCAAGGGCUACAGGCAGGACUUGAAAGCCUUGAAGGAAGCUGUGAAGGAAAUGCAAGCCUCUGAGAUGUCCAAAGAAAAGGACCUGGAGACCCUGAGGAGCAUCCUGCAGGCCAUGGAGUCCGACGUCUACACUGAGGUCAAGGAGCUGGUGAGCCUCAAGCAGGAGCAGCAGAAGUUCAAGGAGGCGGCCAAAUCGGAGCGCCUCACGUUGCAGGCCCUCACGGACCGGGUGGCCCAGUCCGAGGAGUCCGCUGCUCGCCUCCCGGAGGAGAUCAGGAGACUGGAGGAGGAGCUGCGCCAACUGAAGGCCCAGGCCCUCGGGCCGGAAGAAGACCGGGUUCUCAAAAACUCCGACGCCCUGGAGGCGCUCCAGAGACAGAGCGAGGGCGUGGACUCCCGGCUGCACACCGUGGAGGACGGGGUCCGGGCCGUGCAGACCGCCUCCGCGCGGCACGGCGAGAGCCUGGAGGCCCUGCUGGCCAAGAGCGAGGAGUGCGAGCAGCGCCUGGCCGCCCUGCAGGAGCGCCUGGACGGCCUGGGCCCCUCGGCCGAGGAGGCGGACAAGGGUGGCCUGGCCAGCACCGUGAGGAGCCUGGGGGAGGCCCAGCUCGCACUCUACAGCGAGGUGGAGGAGCUGAAGAGAAGCCUGGGCGAGCUCCCCAGCACGGUGGACACGCUCCAGAAGGUUCAAGAGCAGGUCCACGCGCUGCUGGGUCAGGACCAGGCGGCCCGCUCGCCUCCUCAGGACUUCCUGGACAGACUUGCCUCCCUCGAUCACCUCAAAUCCUCCGUCAGCCAAGUGGAGUCGGACUUGAAGAUGCUCAGGACUGCCGUGGACAGUUUGGUGGCCUACUCAGUGAAAAUAGAAACCAACGAGAACAACCUGGAAUCCGCCAAGGGUUUGCUCGAUGACCUGAGAAGCGACCUGGAUAGGUUGUUUGUGCAAGUUGAAAAAAUUCAUGAAAAAGUCUAAGUGGAUUGUGUUUUCAGGGUGCGGAUUGAAAGUCCAAUUUCUCAUGACCAAAAAAAAAAAAGAAAAAAAAGUGUUGUUUUUCUCCCGUGCGCCUCCCCCUCCCCCCACAUUCUUGUCCCCUCUUAAAGAGCAGUGGGCAACACUUGGAACACUGCAGCAUUUUGUGUUUCUGUGCCCGGUUAAUUUAUUUACAAUGAUUACCACACACCACUGGUUUUUCAAGUGCUCUGCUUCUGCUUUUGGUGGGUUUCCUGGAGGCCCAGCCCCUGGGGAUCGGAGGUGCCUGUUCGCAGGGAUCUCUCUGGUGUCCAAGAAGAAGGGUAGUGGUUCAUCCGAGGAUUAACAGAAGCAGAUUAACCUCCAAAAGGCCUGGCUGGCUGGCAGAUGUCAAGUGCAAAAAAAAAAAAAAAUGGGGGGAGGAGGCAUUAUUUUUCUUCCUAAUUGUCUUUAAGGGAAAAUUAAUUUUACUUUUUUUAUACUUCCGGCCGAAGUCUUCAGGGGAUGUCACUCAUGUUUUGUCUUCCACUUUAAACUGGUUAAAACAGCGUCAGUGCCAGCUCUGAGCC